AUGCCCGCUGAAUACCCCACCGACACCGAAAUGGAGCUUGACUCAAUCUUCCAGCGUAUGGUAUCCCCUGCGGCCCCAGAUACGAAGGAUAAGGAUGGUUCCAAACGGGCUCGUAGCCAGAUGCCCACACCACCAUAUACACCGGCCACGCCGCCGCCGCUAUGCCUUUUGUCUCCCUCGACAAGCAGCGAGAACGGCGAAACAACAUCGCUAGAGCGCAUACAACGACCCACCAAAGACGCCGAAGCAUCAGGCGCUGUUGUCUCACUUUCGACAUCCUUUCACCCAUCAGCCGGACAUUGUGGUGACCUCGCGCCGGACCUCGUUCUACUCUCUUCCGAUUCUGUAUUCUUCUACGUUCAUUCCUCCGUCAUUCGCUCCGCAUCGAAUAAUAACCUAUGCGGCUUCUUGACUUCGAACAGUUCAAAGAACACGCAGGCGACUGACCAGGCUACGAUGAAGUAUCCCGACGGUGCGAUGAGCUCAGACGAAGGCAUCGAACUCGUCAUGUUGCCCGAUCAGUCCCAGGUGCUGAACAUCAUGCUGCAUUUCAUUUACAACAUCUCACCAGCCCAUCACUCCCCCCCGUUCCAUAUCAUUUCGCAAGCUGUCGAACGUCUUCACGAUGCAUACGGCGUGGACGUGCAUCGCGUAAUGCAAGGAUCCGCCCUGGGACUUUCUUCGCCACAUUCAAAUAACGUACAAUCGUAUAAUCAGCCCCAUGAAUCGUCGCUAUUCACCUUUUUGGCGGCCCACGCACCUCUUUACCCAAUUGAAGUCUACGCCCUCGCCGCAUCAAUCGACCUCUACUCACUGGCCCAAAACGCGUCUCUCUACCUUCACGAACUGGAUCUAUGUCCCACAGACGAUGAAGACUGCGCCGGUGGGAAGUUAAGGCUAACCCCAGAGAUGGCCCGGAAAAUGGGAGGCGUGUAUCUCAUGCGUCUGAUUGGGAUGCAUAAACGCAGAUUGGAAGCCUUGAGAACAGCCGUGUGUACGGCUCCCGAAGGGCACCUGAUCGACCGUCCAUCAGAAGAUCAAUGCAGCGCGGAAGACCAAGCCUCGUUGAAAAGAGCCUGGGCCCUAGCAGCAGCCUAUAUAGUGUGUACGGCAGGACCAGGCGUGUCGGCACAGACAAUAGAUGGGACUUUCCGUCCGUUCGCUCAGCACGUCGCAUGUUCCCGUUGCAGACAGGCACUGGAUAAGAGACUGGAAUCGAUGAACCGUGAAUGGCGGGUGGCUCCACGGACAAUAUAG